AUGCCUCGGAAUCGAUCGAGGCUUAGGGACGGCAGCGACUUCAUCCCAACACCCUCGCCAUGGAUUUGCAGUGUUUAUUUUUGUUUUCCUUUUAUCUUUUUUCCUGAAUUGAAUGUGAUGCGAAGGGGAUCCCAUGAGAGAGCUAUUGAGGGAUUAGGAAAACUUCAAGUCUGGCAUUUGAAGAAGCAGAAGGAGAUAUUAAUUAGUUCAAGUUUGAAAUUGAAAUUAGCGAAGAAGAAGACGAAGAGUCUGAGCGAUGUCAAAACACCCGAGGCCGUGAAGAAGAAGAAAAUCAUGACAGCUUUUUUGAGAAUUUUUUUCGUUUGA